UCGACCACUCUCUGCUUCCGUGCACUAGACUAGGCAGCUCAAGACAAAUAACACGCAGAGGCUGAGGGCAUUCCCCCCGCGGAGACGCGCGUGACUAUUCCACGCGCGUGGUGCGAAACUCCCAAGGUGGAAGCUUCCCGCACCCGUACAGAGUCUCUGGACGGGGCUAGACGCCCGUUUCGCUGUCGUCGUUGUUGUUGUGUUUACUAAAACAGGGGGCGACCGGACUUCACAGUGACGCGUGGCGCGCACGCGGCGACGUGACGUCCUUACCUCGCGCCGCGCGCCCCUCGUACGUCAUAACUCGGCGCCGCUGUCGCCGAGGAAGAGGUUGAGAGCGGUUACGCUGCAAGGGAGGCCGAGGCCGAGCAGGAGGUUCCGGAGCCGAACAUCUGCCCAUGUCCGUUCAUCCCGGCCUGAAGAAAUGAGUGUCCAGUAUAGCAUUCUCUUCAAACAAGAACAAGCUCAUGAUGAUGCCAUCUGGUCAGUUGCCUGGGGGAUGAAUCAAAGAGAGAACUCUGAAAUGAUUGUAUCAGGAUCCUUGGAUGAUCUAGUCAAAGUGUGGAAAUGGAAAAAUGAGAAGCUGGAGUUACAGUGGAGUCUGGAGGGCCAUCAGUUGGGUGUGGUGUCAGUGGACAUCAGUCAGACUGGGGCCAUCGCCGCGUCCAGUUCUCUUGAUGCUCAUAUUCGUCUGUGGGAUUUGGAAAAUGGCAAACAGAUGAAGUCUAUCGAUGCUGGCCCAGUGGAUGCCUGGUCCUUGGCUUUUUCACCUGAUUCCCAGUUUUUGGCUACAGGAAGCCAUGUGGGCAAAGUAAACAUUUUUGGUGUUGAGACUGGGAAAAAGGAAUACUCGUUGGAUACAAGAGGGAAAUUCAUCCUCAGCAUUGCCUACAGUCCUGAUGGGAAGUAUCUGGCUAGUGGAGCCAUAGAUGGAAUCAUUAAUAUUUUUGAUAUUGCAACUGGAAAACUUCUCCAUACGCUUGAAGGCCAUGCAAUGCCCAUCCGCUCUUUGACCUUCUCCCCAGAUUCACAGCUACUUGUCACGGCUUCAGAUGAUGGCUACAUUAAGAUUUAUGAUGUACAACAUGCAAAUUUGGCUGGCACGCUGAGUGGCCACGCAUCCUGGGUGUUAAAUGUUGCAUUUUGUCCGGACGAUAUUCAUUUUGUAUCCAGCUCAUCAGACAAAAGCGUCAAAGUUUGGGAUGCCGGAACAAGAACUUGUGUCCACACGUUUUUUGAUCACCAGGACCAGGUCUGGGGAGUGAAAUAUAAUGCAAACGGCUCCAAAAUCGUGUCCGUUGGAGAUGACCAAGAAAUUCAUAUCUAUGACUGUCCAACUUAAUCACACUCCAGACCGGACUAAUCGGAGUGGUGCAAACUCAUCAACUGAGGGAGAAGUCAUUGUGACCAGGCCAACGACAUGGAGAAAACCUGUUAAAAAACGGCUCUCGUGAACCUUUCGUUCGAACCCUUCACAGACUUCACAUCUGGACUCUAAGCCCUGUAACCCAUUUACAUCUGAGGGGUCGACUUCAUCAGGCUCCUCCACAGUGUUUGGAAAAAACUACUACAACUGCUGCUGUUCUUUCAGAAGCCACUGCAGGAUAAACUAAAACUGGGCAAUCAUUGGUCAAAUAUCUCUCUAGAAAAAUUCCGUGUGUGUGUGUGUGUGUGUGUGUGUGUGUGUGUGUGUGUGUGUGUGUGUGUGUGUGUGUGUGUGUGUGACAGACUGAGAUGUCUGUUUUUACUUUACCACCAGGGCCCAGAGGAGAGUGUGUAGAUGUAUUAAUCUUUUUGUUUUUCUCCUUCAUAGUAUUUUCCCCCAGUUACAUGUAAAGAUAGUUUUCAACACUCUUUUUUGUAAAAUUUUGAGUUUGGCUGGAGUAGUCUGGACCAUUGCUAUUGGAAAAAAUAAACACAUGGCCUAAUGUCAA